GGUGGGGUGGAGCUCAAUGGGCAGGGAGAAGAGACUCGUGGACCGCCUCUGCUAUUUAAUCACCACACCCAUCACACAGUCAAAGCUGGGAUUGUUCUGCACAGCAUCUGAGAUCUGCUGAUCACUAAAGGAAGUCCAGGAUGGCAAUGAUCUCGGAGUUCUUAGGGCAGCUCACUCUGCAACUGGGUGGAGGGGAUCCCACAUACCCUACUGUGGUGCCAGAGCCGAACUUUGAUCCAGAUAAGGAUGCUGCUAGAAUUGAGACCGCUAUCAAAACUAAAGGGGUGGACGAGCAAACCAUAAUUGAUGUCCUGACCAAACGUACAUAUAACCAACGGCGAGAAAUCGCUUUCGCAUAUGAAAGGAGAGCCAAGAAGGAUAUGAUCUCAGCCCUGAAGGGGGCGCUGUCUGGCUCUCUGGAAACAGUCAUCCUGGGCCUCAUGAAGAGCACUGCCCAGUAUGACGCCUCCGAAAUCAAAGCCUCCAUCAAGGGUCUGGGAACAGAUGAAGAGUCUCUGAUUGAGAUCCUCUGCUCUCGAAGCAAUGCUGAGCUCAAGGAGAUUAAGAAAGUCUACAAGGAAUUGUUCAAGAAGGACCUGGAGAAGGAUGUGGCUGGAGAUACUUCAGGAGACUUCGCUAAACUUCUGCUGGCUCUGGUUGAGGCCAAGAGAGACGAGCCCAGCUCCAUCAUUGACUACCAGAAAAUCGAUGAAGAUGCCAGAGCCCUGUAUGAUGCUGGGGUCAAACGAAAAGGCACUGAUGUGAAGUGCUGGAUCUCCAUCAUGUCUGAGAGAAGCGUUCCUCACCUCCAGAAAGUGUUUGAAAGAUACAAGAGCUACAGCCCAUACGACAUGCAGGAGAGCAUCCGCAAAGAGGUGAAAGGAGAUCUGGAGAAGUCCUUCCUUACCUUGGUUCAGUGCUUUGAAAACAAACAGCUGUAUUUCGCCAACAGACUGCAAGACGCCAUGAAGAGCAAAGGAGCGAAGGAAAAGGUGCUGACCCGGAUCAUAGUGUCCCGAUGCGAGGUGGACCUCAAGAAGAUCAGACAAGAGUUCAAGGCCCAUCACGGGAAGUCUCUGUACCAGACCAUUGCUGAGCACACAAAGGGAGACUACCAGCGGGCUCUGUUGAGCCUGUGCGGGGGAGACGAUUAAGUCAGACACAGAGUCCGGGAAGGACUACGAGAUGGACUUGAGCUCUGCGCGGGUCCAGACAUAGAUGUCCUGUGCCUGGCCUUCAGUAUAGUCCCUACCCUGCUGCAGCUUUAGAGACAGGCACCCAGUAAUCAUGCACUCGCUUAGACUGGAAAUAACCAUGUGUUUUCCAUUAAGACGGAUCGCAAAAUGAACAGCAAAAGAGCUAAAUGUGCCAUAUAUGGUUUCCCAGCCCUUUAGAGACAGAAUCCCAGUCAGAUAAAGUGAAUCAGCUAUGAUACUGGUGUCUUUUUGAAGUUCUUGCAUAAAGAACAUAUACACUUGUACUUUUACCCUUUGUUUCUAUAGAAAUAAAACAAAAGAAAA